GUUUCUGUAGAUGCUGAAGAAACAAUCUUAAAUGACACAAUCUUCAGUGAAGUCACUAUCACACCAGUUCAUCUAUAAAUACUGUGAAGAAGUCAAACAAGCAGCUGCUGUCACAACACAUUCAACUACUCUACUAUUCUGAUCCACUGUUGUAAUGAUGGAGUGUGUUAAAGAGGAGACUGAUCCUGAAUCAUUCAUAAUAACACCACAACAUACUCAACUACAAAGCGUUUUGUGUUUUGAUUUAAAAUGGUCCGAUGAAGAGUCCAAGUCGCAUGUAUUAAGUCCAGACCUCAUGGAAAUAAAGGAGGAAGAAGAAGAACACGAUGAAGUGAAGGAGGAGCAUCAACACCACAGUUUCAUAACUGAAGAAAAUUCAUUCAGCUCCUCACAAACUGAUGAGAAUUUACCUAAAGCAACAGCUAAAGCCAAAAGGUCUCUUGCUUGCCAUUUUUGUAACAAGACUUACUCUCAAAAAGGGCACCUAACGUAUCACUUAAGGAUUCACACUGGUGAGAGGCCUUAUGCAUGCUCCCAGUGUAAGAAGACUUUCCAAACAAAAUCGAAUCUAGACCGUCACGUACAAGUUCACACUGGAGAGAAACCUUUCACGUGCCCUCAGUGUGAUAAAACUUUCAAAUCAAAAUCAAAUCUAAGGAGUCACAUACGAAUUCAUACAGGUGAGAAGCCUUACUCAUGCCAUCUGUGUGACAAAAGUUACACACUAGCACAAAGUCUCAAACUUCAUCUGCAGUUACAUUCGAAUGAAAGGCCGUUUAGCUGCGAUAAGUGCGGCCAUACGUGUCCUUCAGCAAAACACUUAAAGAAACACCAGUUGACUCAUACAGGUGAGAAGCCGUAUUUGUGUUCUGUUUGUGGGAAGAAUUUUCGAUAUCUUGAAAAUAUUAGAGCGCACCAGAAAAGGCACGUAAGUGUGUAAAAGACCAUGUGUGCUCUGUGUGUGAUAAAGCCUUUCUGACAACCAAAGACCUGGAGCAACAUCAGAAGAUCCAUACUGAAGAAAACCCCUAAAAGUGUUCACAUUGUGAAAAGAGUUUUAUUGAGUCUGUGACGCUGAUAAAACACAAGUGACUGUAUACUGGAGAGAAGCUGCACCGCUGUCAUUCAUGUUGAAGAAGUUUCAGACGAUCAUACAGCUGCAGACUCAUAGAGAAAUGCGCUGUCUGUAAAAAGUGAACACAGAUCAACUUCAGUCUUUAGGUCCAAGCACAUGAUGUAAAAUGAAGAUAAACCUUUUGAUUAAAUUACUCCAAAAUAUAUACAUUUUGUUGAAAUUUGAUAGCUCAACAUAUAGCUGCCCUGGAGUACUUGACUAGAUUAGGAUACCUUUCCAGUUAACUUUAUCUAUAGACAUGCGUGCCCUGGCUCUUAUAAGUUAUUUGUAUUUAUACCACGGGUCUGUUUAAUGCUGUAUUCUGAUUGGCUGAGAAAUGUUCCGUGGGUAUGCAUUAAUUUCUGAUUACCGCAUACCUAAUUUGUCAAAUGUCUUAAAAAAAGGCACCAGAGAAAUGUUUGUGGUAACCGUGGUAUAAGAGGAAUAAUUGACUCCGGUCCUUUGAAUUAUUUGAAAAUAAUGCACACCCGCGGUGUAACGGCGCUUGCUUCGUGCCGCAUUGCACCAUGGGUGUACAUUAUUUUCUUAAAAUGGCCCAUCGUCAAUUAUUCCUUACAUAAAUCAGCCUUCAUUAGUUGUCAUGUUUGUUUUAAAGUCCAUCCAGUAAACAAUCAGAAAGGAAAGAUGUGAUGUUUUAUGAUAUACUUUAUUUCAUUAUCUUUUUGUGAUGUAGUUUUCAUAAAGUGUAGUUUAUUUACUUUGUUAUGUAAAUUUAAUCAUAAUUAAGAUGCAGUGUUAUUCAUUGGUAGAGUAUAUAUUGUAAUCGUUUGACAAAUGUGUGAUAUUUAAACUUGAAUAUAUUUAUUUUACCCAUACAUUCAUGAUUUUAAUAUUUUCUUUGGUGUAGAAGAUAAUUUUCUUUUCAUUUCACGAAUAUUGAACAUAGAUUGAAUAAAGGGACUUUUAUUUUGCAUACUAUAACGCACAAGAGAAUGUAAAACACAUUACUGUCUAUGAUAGACGCUAGAAAGUUGUUGGGAAAUCAAUUCGGACAACAAUAUAUGACAAACAUUUAUUGAGAAAAACAUCUUAAAAAGUCUUGAUUAUGUAAAUAUUUACCUAAAAACUACUGCGUUAAUUGAUACAUUAUAAUAGGUUAAGUUAACGCGUUAUCAUCUGCUCACCCUCCAGUCUAGUAGGUGGCGAUAAUGAGCUAUUAAACUGAUUUGCCAACCGCCAGAAAAAAAACUGAAGAAGAGGAAGUGACGUCAUAAGAGUUGCGCUGCAGCUCGUCUGUCUGUUAAAAGAAGAUUAAGGCGUUUGUGUGAGAUUACAGUAUUGUAAAAUACUGAGAGCUGUUUUACUAGAGCCAACUAGUGAGGAGCAAAGACUAAGAUUUACUUCACUUUCAAGCCAUUCAGAUGUGAAGGCAAGUUUGAAGAUAUGGAGAAUCAGUGGUUAAAUCUACUUUUUACGAAGGGAUUUACUAAACGUUUGGCAAUGAAAGAUGGUUCAUUACCCACUUUAUUUGGAACAACAUGCGUCUCCUAACCACAACCUGUCUAAUGGGGAUGAAAUAGCUAGGUCAAGAACAAAGUAAAAUGGAGUAUGACCAUCAGUACCACAAACGUCAAGAAAAUUGCUUACAGACUGAUGAGGAUUCAUCUCAAGAAAGAGCAGAAGACAAAAUAUCUUUUGCAUGCCAUCUUUAUGGUCUAAUGGCAAUGAAAGUGGAUGGCCAACAACAAAAUAAGAUGGAUGAUGAACAUCAGCACCACAAUUUCAUAAAUCAAGAAAAGUGCUCACAGACUGAUGAGGAUUCAUCUCAAGAAAGAACAGAAGCCAAAAUCUCUUUAGCAUGUCAUCUUAAUGGUGAGACUCUUUCACAAAAAGGACAUUUAAAUGUUGACAUAAAGACUCCCACAGGAGGAAUGCAAAACUCCUAUCCUCAAUGUCAAAAGACUUCUAUGAGUAAAAGCCACCCUGAGGAUCAUUUAUUAAAUCACACUGGUGAGAGGACCUUCGUGUGCCCUCAGUGUGAAAAGACUUACAAAUUAAAAGGAGAUCUUCAGAGACAUUUAAUAAUUCACAGAGAAAAGGGGCCCUUCGCUUGCCCAAAAUGUCGAAAGAUCUACAGACUAAAAAAGCACCUUGAGAUACAUUUAUUAAGUCACACUGGUGAAAGACCCUUUGCGUGCCCUCAGUGUGAUAAGUGUUUUGAACGACAAAGAAAUCUUACUGUCCACUUAAAGACUCACACUGGAGAAAACCCUGUCACCUGCCCUCAGUGUGGUAAGUGUUUUAAUCUACAAAGAAGACUUACUGAUCAUGUAAAGAUUCACUCUACUGAAAGGCCACACGCCUGUCCUCAUUGUGAAAAGACUUUCAGACAAAAAAGGAACCUUAGGGAUCAUUUAGUGAUUCACACCGGUGAGAAGACCUUCAUCUGCCCUCAGUGUCAAAAGGGUUUUUUACGAAGUAGUAGUCUUAAUGUUCACUUACAGACUCACACUGGAGAACGACCUUUCACAUGCCCUCAGUGUGAUAAGUCUUUUCUACGAAAAAGACAUUUUAAUCUUCACAUAAGGACUCAUUCUAGAGAAAGGCCAUACGCUUGUCCUCAUUGUGAAAAGACCUACAGACAUACUGCGCACCUUAAGGAUCAUUUAGUUACUCACACUGGUGAAUGGCCCUUCAUCUGCCCUCAGUGUGAUAAGCGUUUUCAACUAAAAAGUAGACUUCAUUUUCACUUAAAGACUCACACUGGAGAAAGACCUUUCGCAUGCUCUCAAUGUGAAAAAGUUUUUUUACACAAAAGUAGUCUUAAUGUUCACCUAAAGACGCACACUGGAGAAGAGACAAACACAUGUGAAACGUCCCUGAAAGAACAUAAAAUAAGUCACACUGACCACAAGCCUUUCUCUUGCCCUCAGUGUGGAAAACGUUUUACACAAAAGAGAACCCUUAAUAUUCACAUGAGGAGUCACAGUGGUGAUGGGCUUUACACCUGUCCUCAAUGUGGAAAGAGUUCCACAACAAAAACGAAUUUAGACAGUCACAUACGCAUUCACACUGGAGAGAAACCUUUCAGGUGCCCUCAGUGUGACAAGAGUUUUACAAAUCAAGGAGCUCUUAAGAAUCACAUACGAAUUCAUACAGGUGAGAAGCCUUACUCGUGCCAUCUGUGUGAUAAGAGCUUUAUACAAAAAGAAAAUCUUAAGCGUCACAUAAGGGUUCAUACAGGUGAGAAGCCUUUCCCAUGCCAUCUAUGUGAUAAGCGUUACACAAAAGCACGAAGUCUCAAAAAGCAUCUGCUGUCUGGCCAUUCUGUAGAAAACCCAUAAAAGUGUUCACAUUGUGCAAAGAGUUUUAUUGAGUCUGUAACGCUGAUCAAACACAAGUGACUGUAUACUGGAGAGAAGCUGCACCGCUGUCAUUCAUGUUGAAGAAGUUUUAGACGAUCACACAGCUGCAGACUCACAGAGAAAAGCACAAAGUCUUUAAAGAGUCAACUUCAGUCUUCAGGUCCAAGCACAUGAUGGCAAAUAUAUAUAUACAGUUUGCCCGAAGGAGUUAACUAGAUUAAGAUAUUCCUUUUGUUAGUUUUAUCUAUAUGUGUGUACUCUGGCUCUUAUGAGUUAUUUGUUCAAAAAUCAGUCUGCAUUAGUUGUCACGUUUUUUUUUUUUUUACAGAGCAUGCAACAAACAAUGAAAAUAAAGAUUUGAUGUUUUGCAAUAUUUUGAGAUGUACUUUAUUUCACAAUCUUUUUGUGAUAUAGUUUUCAUAAAGUGUAAUUUAUUUAUUUUGUUAUGUAAACUUUAAUCGUAAUUAAGAUGCACUGUUAUUCAUUGGCAGAGUCUAUAAUGUAAUCGUUUGAGAAGUGUGGUAUAUUUAACCUUAAAUAUAUUUAUUUUAAUCCAUACAUUCAUGAUUUGUAUAUUUUCUUUGGUGUAGAAGAUCAUAGUUCAAUAAUUUACGCAUUUAACGAAUUUUGAACAUAGAUUAAAUAAAGGGACUUUAAUUUUGCCUCUUGGAGCCUGUCGUUCAGUGACGUCAUAAUAGUUGCGCUCGCUACAGCUCGUCUGUCGUUUGAGGGAAGAUUGAGGCGUUUGUGUGAGGUCUAAUGGAAAUGAAAGAGGAAGGUCAAGAACAAAAUGAAAUGAAAGAUGAACAUCAGCACCAAAAUUUUACAAGUCAAGAAAAUCGCUUACAGACUGAUGAGGAUUCAUCUCAGGGAAGAGCAGAAGCCCAAAUUUUUGCAUGUCAUCUUUAUGGUGAGACAUUUUUACAGAAAGGACAUUCAAAUCUUGACAUUAACACAUUAGAAAUGCAAAACACCUAUCCUCAAUGUGAAAAGACUUUCACAAGUAAAAGCCACCCUGAGGAUCAUUUAGUAAAUCACACUGGUGAGAGGACCUUUGCGUGCCCUACGUGUGAAAAGACUUACCAAUCUAAAGGGGAUCUUAAGAAACAUUUAAUAAUUCACACAGAUGAGGGGCCCUUCACUUGCCCAAAAUGUAGAAAGAUCUACAGACAAAAAAGGAACCUUGAUAAACAUUUAUUAAGUCACACUGGUGAAAGGACCUUUGCAUGCCCUCAGUGUGAUAAGUGUUUUGAACGAAAAAGAAAUCUUAAUGCCCACAUAAAGGCCCACACUGGAGGAAACCCUGUCACAUGCCCUCAGUGUAAUAAGUGUUUUAAUCGACAAAAAAAUCUUAAUAUUCACAUGAAGACUCACACUACUGAAAGGCCACACGCCUGUCCUCAUUGUGAAAAGACUUUCAGGCAAAAAGGGAACCUUAGGGAUCAUUUAGUGAUUCACACCGGUGAGAAGACCUUCACCUGCCCUCAGUGUCAUAAGGGUUUUUUACGAAAUAGUUGUCUUUAUGUUCACUUAAAGGCUCACACUGGAGAAAGACCCUUCCGAUGCCCACAGUGUGAUAAGGGUUUUUUAAUAAAAGGUGCUCUUAAUGUUCACUUAAAGACACACAGUGGAGAAAGACCCUUCACGUGUCCUCACUGUGAAAAGACUUACAGAAAUACUGGGGACCUUAAGGAUCAUUUAGUGAGUCACACUGGUGAGAAGCCCUUCGUCUGUCCUCAGUGUGAUAAGGGUUUUUCACGAAAAGGUGCACUUAAGGUUCACUUGAAAAGUCACACUGGAGAAAGACCCUUCACCUGUCCUCACUGUGAAAAGAGUUUUACACGAAAAAGUAGUCUUGAUUUUCACUUAAAGACUCACACUGGAGAAAAGACAAACACAUGUGAAACGUCCCUGAAAGAACAUAAAAGAAGUCACACUGACCCUAAGCCUUUCUCUUGCUCUCAAUGUGAAAAGAGUUUUACACACAGAUCAACCCUUUAUAAUCAUAUGAGGAUUCACAGUGGUGAUGGGCUUUACACCUGUCCUCAUUGUGGGAAGAGUGUCACAAGAAAAUCACAUUUAGAGAAUCACAUACGAGUUCACACUGAAGAGAAACCUUUCAGGUGCCCUCAGUGUGACAAGAGUUUUACACAACGUGGGAAUCUUCGGCAUCACAUACGCAUUCAUACAGGUGAGAAGCCUUACUCGUGCCAUCUGUGUGAUAAGAGCUUUAGCCAAAACGACAAGCUUAAGUAUCACAUCCGUAUUCAUACAGGUGAGAGGCCUUACUCAUGCAACCUGUGUGAUAAGAGUUACAAACAGGCACAAACUCUCAAAAAGCAUCUGGUGUCUGACCAUACUGGAGAAAACCCCUAGAAGUGCUGACAUUGUGCAAAGUUUUAUUUAGUCUGGUAUUAUCCAAUGGGCAUUAUGGGCACGGACUCAGGGGCCCUCACACUUUUGGUGCCCUAAGUUAAAAAAUUAAAUCAAGAUAUAAAUGUUCAAGUGCAAAUAACACAGGGCAUCUGGUAGAGUAAUAAUUGGUAUCACAAAACCAACAGACAGAAAGGUAGGCAGGAGCUCCACACAACUGUGUCCCAUUCUUCCCGGACGCGUCCUAUCCAGGAUUUCGGUGCGUCUUCCGAAAGUCAUAUUUGUCGACCGCAUACGUAAUAGAGGAUUAUUAUUAUUAAUAUUACAGAAAAGCAACCGUUACAUUUUAAGGUAAGAAUGAAACUACGAUUGUAUGUCUUAUGUUUUUAACUGAAUGGCGUAUGCGGUGAACAAAUACGACUUCCGGAGGACGCACCGAAAUCCUGGACAGGACGUGUCCGGGAAGAAUGGCACAUAUGGUCACCCUAGUGGAGAUCAAAUGAUUAAACUUUCAAUACUUUACAGCUAAUUAGCCAAAAGACAAAUACAGCGUCCUGCUAACACGACUCAUGUAAGACUUUUUGUAACAGUUUCAGUAGCUGUUUUUUCUGUAUUUUGUCAAUCAUUCUGUAGUAGUUUUUUUUUUUUUAAAGCAUUCUUUCUGUGAAAUUAACAAAAUAGCAGAAACACUCCUUUAGUUAGAGGGAUAGUUCACUUUUAAAUGAAAAUUCUGUCAUCAUUUACUCAUCCUCAUGUUGUUCUAAACCCGUAUGAAUUUCUUUUUUCUGAUGAACACAAAAGAAGAUAUUUUGAGAAAUGAUGGUAAACACACAGCAGAUAGUGGCCAUAGACAUCUAUAGUGGUAGGAAUAAAAAAUAUGAUGGGUAAAAUUUAAUGGGUAAUGUCAACUGUGUGUUUACCAUCAUUAAUCAAAAUAUUUUCUUCAUUAUUUAUCACAAUACUUCCAAUAUAUUUUUCCUACUAUGAAAGUCAAUGGUCACUAUCUGCUAUGUGUUUACCAUCAUUUCUCAAAAUAUCUUUUUUAUGUUCAUCAGAAAAAAGAAACCCAUACAGGUUUAGAACAACGUGAGGAUAAGUAAAUGAUGACAGAAAUUUUAUUUUAAAGUGAACUAUCCCUUUAAGUGUAAUGAUCUAUUCUUUUAACACACACAAAAAAUAAUGUAAAAGAUUUACUGCGUUGUGCAUAAUAAACUGAUUAUUAGUAAAACUCUCCACCCUC